UGAGUGCAGGAAAACCUUCAGUAACCGCUCAGACCUUAUAAGACAUCAGAUAAUCCACACUGGGGAAAGACCUUAUGAAUGCAGUGAGUGCGGGAAAAACUUCAGUUACCGCUCAGAUCUUAUUAGACAUCAGAAAAUCCACACAGGAGAGAGACCCUAUGAAUGCUGUGAGUGCGAAAAAAACUUUGGUGACAGAUCAGCCCUUAUUAAUCAUCAGAAAAUCCACAUGGGAGAAAGACCCUAUGAAUGCAGUGAGUGUGGGAAAAGCUUCAGUUACCGCUCAGAUCUUAUUACACAUCAGAGAAUGCACACGGGAGAGAGACCCUAUGAAUGCUGUGAGUGCGGGAAAACCUUCAGGCAGAGCUCACACCGCAUUCGACAUCAGAGAAUCCACACGGGAGAGAGACCCUAUAAAUGCUGUGAGUGCGGCAAAAAUUUUGCUGACAGUUCAGCCCUUACUAAUCAUCAGAGAAUUCACACAGGAGAGAGACCUUAUGAAUGCUUUGAGUGUGGGAAAAACUUCAUUGAUGGCUCAGCCUUUACGAAACAUCAGAGAAUGCACACUAACGAGAGACCCUAUGAAUGCUGCGAGUGCGGGAAAAACUUCAGUGUGAGCUCGGCCCUUAUUAGACAUCAGAGGAUCCACACAGAAGAGAGACCUUAUAGAUGCUCUGAAUGCAGGAAAGGUUUCCAUCAGCGCUCAGCCCUUAUUUAUCAUCAGAGAAUCUGCAAGGGGGAUAAACACCAUAAAAAUCUUGUCUAGGGCUGGCAAUUUUUUUUUCUUUAAUCAUUUUCCUAAUUCCCACAUAGUGACUUUUAAGGCUGUUGGCACCAUUUGAUUCACUGUGGUCCCUCAGCUUUCCCCAGUGAGUUGUGUGCCUAUUAUCAGGAAUCCCCACCAACCCCAGCUGGGAGAGAGAUGGGUGACCUUGACUAGCUACAUCAAGUUAAAAUGUACCUGGGCCUCAUCUUCACUAGGAUUUUCCAUGGCGUUACCUCGCUUGAGUUAGCUGUCCUGAUGUAAAACCACAACUAUUCUUGCAGUAAAGAUACAGCCCCAUAUAUAGUGUCCAGGAUUAUGUAGCACAUUUUCUCAUGACCUGACCUAAACUUCAUCAUUUUUCCUAGUCUAAACAGACCUGGAGCAUGUAUUUCUACUCUUCUUCCCACUGCAAAGCAGUCAUUAGAGUCACUAAAAGUUCCCCUUUGGGGGAAAAUUUUUCUGCUUCCCAGUUGUUCUCACAUUGCCCUGUUGGUUGCUGACCAGCAGUUAUUUUUAGUACCAUUUUUCUCUCUGAAAAUAGAUGUAAAUAUAACACAGGGCAGGGGCAUGGAAAAUGUCAUUUCAGGCUCUGUGACACCAGAAGGAAAUGGAGUGAGUGAAAGGAAUUCCCUCCUUCCCCAUCAUCCCAGCAGUGUUACCUUCUGUCUGAUCCUUAUGGAGUUUAUCUUCUUCACGUUCUGCAGAGUGUCAGGUGAUGCAAUCUUCUCCACUCUCUGUGCUUGGGAAUGGUGCUUUGAUUUCUUUGAUCCUGAAUCAGACUCGCUGGAGCUGGAGAUGAAAGUGUCACAGACUUUAAAGGAGACUUUGAAUUGAUCUGAAACUCAGUGUGAUCAUUCUGAGUUUAAAUCCCACUUUUCAUUUAUUAGCAAAGCCACUUUUAAGGCUGAGUUGGGAUUGUUUCCAAAUGGGAGGUUAGCUCUUUUUUCCCUAUUACAAUGAUGCUAAAACUUUCGUAAAUAACGUGACUCAAUCAUGAGAGUGCUGAGUGAAGCAGGUUUGAACAGAUCAGAGGAGAAUGAGAUGAGAGAAUCUGUGGUCCUGAUUCUGAGUCAUCAGAUG